UUAAGGUUUUGCUGUGGAAUGAAGGUUUUUUGUUUGUUUGUUUGUUUUUUUCCUUCUGGAGAUUUCUAUGUAUCUGAAGCCUCCUGAAGCCUGGUGUGGAUGGGAGAGCUGAUCCCAAAACUCCUUUCAUGGUUGAGUCUUCUGAAGAGACAGGACGUGGGCUGGAAAUGCAGCCAGGCAUGCAGGCUCCUUAUUCCCUGGAGAUGGGCUCCUUCCCUCACUUCUGGUUGCAUGGACAUGAAGGACAGAGAGAUAUCUGAGGCUCAGAGUCCUGAAGAGCUGAUGUGAUCUGCAAGAUCCAGAAGGGCUUCCAUCCCACUGGUCUGCUCUCAUCUCCUGGGACAAAGGAUUGCUGCCUGGUGCCAGUUCCAGGCUUUGUCCCCAGCCUCUGUUGUCAGGAGGUGACCCACGAAGGGCUCACUGCUGGCUGUAGCUGCCCAGAGUUGAAGCCUAGCGUGCGCUGCCAAAGCCACCUGGCAGCUACUCCUGGGUUAGCCCCUUCCUCUCUGCAUCUGUCAAUAACACAAGCAGCUUUCCCUUGCUGACUUUUCCCAGCUGACCUUUUUAAGCACGGCUGUGGGUUCUGCCCCAUCUUCCCUUUGACAGCUCUGAAGACUCACUCUGAACUUUGCAGCACAGACCAGCUUCUGGCAGGAAUCAGCAGCGUUCCAUGGCUGCAGGCUUGCCUGUUUUCCCUUCCUCGGAGUUGAGCUCAGCACGCUUGUGACCACUUGUGAGGGACACUGCCUUUUCAAUCAAUGGAUGGGGUGGUCCUCCAGCAGGUGAAGCAUGGAGCUGGCUUUUGCACAAGGAAGAAAUUUCUGCACUGAAGUCAGGGAGCCAGGAGAUCAAGUUCUUUAACUCACUGAUGGGGACAGGUUUCUCCUCUGCUGCACUUUGUGCGAUGAGAAGGACCCCUGCGAUACUAGUGGAAAACACCUCCACAUGGCUGGGGCCGGCAUAACUAAUGGUCUGCAUCGAGCCUUCACUGGUGGGAAAGCAGAACAGCCCCCUCCUUCUUCACGAUGCUCCUCCCCUAAACAAGUUAACCUCCCCUCCACCUCUUAAUUUCUGUUCUGUACCAGAGCCAGCAUGCAUCCAAUUGCGUCUUAGCCGAGCGGUUAUGCUACCGGGACGCUCUGCCGUGAAUUCUCAGGGAGCUCGGGUAGCUGAAGGCAGGAGCCGGCCCUGAGCUGCUGGGAACGGGAGCGAGUCUCAUCCCGGCCGACAGCUGUUCAAAGCAAGGAUGGGACCGAGGGAGGAGGCAGCUGCCCCGCAGCCCUCCGAGAGCCCCCGCAGAGCCGUGCCCCGAACCGGGCGGGCAACACCGCGCUCCGGGCAGCUUUGAAGUGAGAGGAGACGGUCGUGUUUUGAAAGGCGAGAGAUGAACUGAAGAUUAAACAUGUAUGGGAAUUAUCCUCACUUCAUUAAGUUUCCUGCGGGUUUUGGCAAUUCCCCUGUUCACGCCAGCUCCACGUCUGUGAGCCCAUCAUCCAGCCUGUCAGUGGGGAGCACAGUGGACGGACAUCACAACUACCUCGAGGCCCCCACAAACGCCUCCCGGGCGCUGCCAUCCCCCAUGAACACCAUUGGUUCUCCAGUGAAUGCGUUGGGCUCACCCUACAGGGUCAUUACAUCCUCCAUUGGCUCGCAUCCUGUUGCUCUGUCCUCCUCUGCUCCGGGCAUGAACUUUGUGACCCACAGCCCACAGCUCGAUGUGCUCAACAAUGUCAGCAGCUCGGAGGACAUCAAGCCCUUGCCAGGUCUUCCGGGGAUUGGCAACAUGAAUUAUCCAUCCACAAGCCCAGGUUCCUUAGCCAAACACAUCUGUGCCAUCUGUGGGGACAGGUCCUCAGGGAAGCACUAUGGGGUGUACAGCUGCGAGGGCUGCAAGGGCUUCUUUAAGAGGACCAUCCGGAAGGACCUGAUCUACACCUGCCGUGACAACAAGGACUGCCUCAUCGACAAGCGCCAACGCAACCGCUGCCAGUACUGCCGCUAUCAGAAGUGCCUCGCCAUGGGGAUGAAGAGGGAAGCUGUGCAGGAGGAGAGGCAGCGGAGCAGGGAGCGCAGUGAGAAUGAAGCUGAGUCCACGAGCGGUGGCAGUGAAGACAUGCCUGUGGAGAGGAUCCUGGAAGCUGAGCUGGCAGUAGAACCCAAGACUGAGGCAUACAGUGAUGUGAACACAGAGAGCUCAACAAACGACCCUGUCACCAACAUCUGCCACGCUGCUGACAAGCAGCUCUUCACUCUUGUUGAGUGGGCCAAGCGCAUCCCCCACUUCUCUGACCUGACCUUGGAGGACCAAGUCAUUCUCCUGCGGGCAGGCUGGAACGAGCUGCUCAUCGCAUCCUUCUCCCAUCGCUCUGUGUCAGUGCAGGACGGCAUCCUGCUGGCCACAGGCUUGCAUGUGCACCGCAGCAGUGCUCACAGUGCAGGCGUGGGCUCCAUCUUUGACAGCAGAGUUUUGACAGAGCUGGUGUCCAAAAUGAAGGACAUGCAGAUGGAUAAGUCGGAGCUGGGGUGUCUGCGAGCCAUUGUCCUCUUCAACCCAGACGCCAAGGGCCUGUCCAGCCCCUCCGAAGUGGAGUCGCUGCGGGAGAAGGUCUACGCCACGCUGGAAGCCUACACGAAGCAGAAGUACCCCGAGCAGCCGGGGCGGUUUGCCAAACUCCUCCUGCGCCUGCCAGCACUACGGUCCAUCGGACUGAAGUGCCUGGAGCAUCUCUUCUUCUUCAAGCUGAUCGGGGACACCCCCAUCGACACCUUCCUCAUGGAGAUGCUGGAGACACCCCUGCAGGUCACUUGAUGGUCCGGUCCCCCCCACCAUAUCCCCACACAGCUCCCACUCCUCCUCUCCGGGCUGCAAGAGCUGCCCUCCACCCUCUGCUCCUCUUUGGUGGGAUUGUUGUGUCUUUGUACAGCUGUAAA